AUGGCUUACCGUUCGAACGAUUUCGAAGACCGCUUCUACGAGCCUCGCCGUGAGAGAGCUGAGAGCCGGGUUGCAUUCAAUGACGUCGACGUGCGCGACAGACCCCGCGAGCGCGAAGGCGACCGCCUCCGUUUUCUCCGCGAUGAGCGCCCUCCUGAGGCUGGUGCUCUUGUUCUUAGCCGUCGGGAGGUCGAAUCACGGGAGCUAUCAAGACCUCGACAGCGUUCUCCGAGUCCUGUUUACCGUGAACGUGUCAUUCGCAGGGCUCGCAGCCUGACGCCGCCCCCACACCAUCAUCAUGACCAGGAGCUUGAGCGUUCAAGAGUGCGCAUCUCUGAGCGUGAGCGCGAGAUCCGCAGCCCUUCCCGCGGCCCUCCUCCCGAGAUGGUUCGCGCUCGUUACGUCGAGCGGCCACGGUCGCCUUCUCCCCCGCCUCCGGCUAGAGAACGCAGUCGUGUCGGUGUGCGCAUUGUCGAACGUGAGAGGGAAAAGGAGCGUAGGCCCUCUCCUUCUCCAUCGCCUCCACCUCAACCUGCGCCUCCUCAAGUAAUUCGUGGACCCACGAUCGAACGAGAGGUCAUUACUCACUAUCGUGACAUAGAUCAUGAGACCGCUGCUCGACAAGCACUAACGCAACUAGGUGUCACCCGUGUACCCAGCCCCCCUCCCCCUCCACGUCCCGCACCUCGACCUAUUACUCGUACUGAGGAACGGGAGCUGGAUAUCGACAUCACCACAUCUCGCAACAGGACCGACAUCGAUAUCCACCGAUCAAGAAGCCGUCACCGCUCCCCCAGUCGUGAACGCAGGUCCCCCGCUUUCAAGGACAGCAGAGAACUUGUCUCGAGCACCGACCGCCUGCGCAUCGAUGAUCGUCAAUAUCAAUCGCGCCGUCGAGCUCACUCUGCUGCUGCUCGCACUCCCGUUGACGAGGAGGCCGAGUACAUCACCUCCAAGAUCGAUUCGCGAGGCAGGAUGGGCGAAGCCUGGGGUGGCGCCACCAAGGACUGGACCAUCGUGGACGUGCCCCCCGGAACUGAGCGCGUGAAGAUGGACGGUGUGGGCGGUGGCUCUGCGGAGGUUACCUGGCAGCGCUACAACGGGGUGAGACGCUCCAAGUUCAUUCCCGAGCGGGAGCGAGAGGAUGCUCCGAUCUCGGUUCCUGCUCCUGUUCCCCCUUCACCCCGGGAAUCGCGUGACCGUCUCAGUGUCCAGGUGUAUGACCGCGAGACUGAAAUCGAUAUCGAGAAGACGAAGGAGCGUCGCCCACGCCCGUCUCAGAAGCGUAACGACAACAUGUGGACAGAGAUCACCAAGGAUCUUGUCAUCCGUGACGCCAUUAUCGAGCUGGGCUAUGACUUCGAGGAGACGGAAUAUUUCUUCUACAUCAUGCAAUAUCUGAAAUACGAUGAUGUCUUGGAGCUGGUGCAGGUGUCAGACGAGAUCCGCCGCUUCCGCAAGGAGCGUGUCCGUGAGAUUGAGUAUGAGAAGGAGUGGCGCGACGACUGGGAUCGCCGCCAUGGACACCACCACCACCAUCGUCUCCCUAGCAAGUACGACGAUGAGCGAGUCUACGAGCGCGAGGUCGUCUACGACAGCCAACGACCCAGACGUUGGUAA